ACUCCACAGUUUGCUAACAGUGUUGUGUCGGUGUUUGACAACGGCCACAGUCUGCAAGUCUGAAAAUCUGAAUAGAAUUCUCCACCAACCACCUUCAACAUUCAACCAAAAAUAAAAAACCAAGCAUCGUCUUAAGGAUUUUUCGAAUCGUGUUUUGACAUUUUGUGUCAUGGCUGAUCGUAUUCGCCCGAAGGUUGCACAGAUGCACUGUUGAACAGAUCAAACCAUUCCUUCUUUGUAGGUUGAAAUAUGAUCAAAGUAGAUGAAGAAGAUCCCAUCGGAGAAGUUGAACUAUCAUUUCCAUAUCGAGAUGUUAAAAUACGAAGAGGUGUGAACCCCAAAGAUCUUUACGAAUUAGAUGCAGAAAUUGGAAGGGGAAAAUUUGGUACUGUUUAUAAAUGUACUGAAAAAGCGACCGGUUUGAGUUUGGCCGCAAAAUUUAUCGGUGUCCCCAAAAAAGAAGAUCGUAGAAAUGUUGAAAGAGAAGUUGAUAUCAUGCGACAACUGCAACAUCCCAGAUUAAUCCAAUUAUAUGAUGCCUUUGAAAAUGGGAAGGUUAUGUGUGUUGUGCAAGAAUUAAUUGAAGGAGGAGAACUCUUCGAAAGAGUCAUCGACGACGAUUUCAUAUUAACCGAAAAAAGCUGCACCGUAUUCAUACGUCAGAUAUGUGAGGGAAUCGAGUUUAUCCAUAAACAAAACAUUCUUCAUUUAGACAUGAAGCCAGAAAAUAUUUUGUGUCUAACAAAAACCGGAAACAGAAUCAAAAUCAUCGAUUUUGGACUUGCCAGAAAAUUUGAUCCAACAAAAAAACUUCAAGUCCUUUUUGGAACACCAGAAUUCGUCGCUCCCGAAGUAGUCAACUUUGAUCAAAUCGGUUUUGGAACAGAUAUGUGGUCAAUAGGAGUUAUUUGUUACGUUUUAUUAUCUGGUCUCUCACCAUUUAUGGGACACACCGACAUUGAAACUAUGGCCAAUGUGACAAUUGCCAAAUAUGAUUUUGACGAUGAAGCCUUCCAGGAAAUUUCUGACAACGCUAAAGAUUUCAUUAGAAAACUACUUUUGAAAGAUAUGAAUGCACGCAUGACGUCCACCGAGUGUUUGAAACACGCUUGGUUGCAAAGGAGAGUGAAGAAGCUUCAAACAAACCAAAUGGACACAACCAAAGAUAAUUUGAAGCAAUUUGUUGAACGCUGGAGCGAUCACCCAAAUUCCCCAUAUUUAUUCGAAGUUUCGUCUCAUUCGAUUUUACCUUGUAUGAGUUCAAGCUUAAAGUUAUCCGAGUCGUUGAACUCUUUGGUGGUUUCAAACCCAUCUCCACCGGAAUCUUUAAGUUCUUCCCUCGGAUCUGAUGAUAAUUUCUUCGUUUUUAAUUCUCGGGAUAGUUUCCAAAAAGAUUUUCAGUAUCCAGUUCCAGAUCAUUUUCGAAGAGCUUCGGAUAGUUACGGGGUGGUCAAAUCACCAGAUAUUGUCGAAAGGCUUAAUUUAGCCGAAGAAAUUCGUAAACUUUCUGACAAACUCUUUCAACUUUCUACUAUCAGUCCAAAUUUAAAUUGUACGACGAUUCAAUCUAACUCAAAUACAUAUUCUAAUUCUAAUUCAGCGUUUCAUUCAGUAACAGAAACUACACGGUCAGAAAAAAACGUUGAUACCACAGUUCCGUGGAGAAGACAACAUAAUAAGAUAAAUCAAUCGAGUAGAGAUGUUCCAAUCAGCCCUCGUAAAAAAAGCUCGGACACGUUUAGAGAACAAUUUAAUUCGAGAUUAAACGUUUUUAAUUCGAACAGUUCGACAUCAGAUAAUCCGGUGAACACUAAAGAUGUCCUUUUGAAACUUUUAGAUCGUUGGGAAGGUCCGAAAGUUCAAAAGAUUAGGCACAGUUCGAUUUCUACUGAAUAUUCUGAAUCCGAAAGUUUAGUUGGGCAAAAAACUAUUAACUCUUUGAAUACAUUUUUCCAAACGAGGCGUACAACUUCGAAUAAAUAGAAGAGAAAGUACUGUGUGUUAAUUAAUUAUCGUAUCCGACGUCAUAUCGGUAUGCAACCAAUAUCACAGUAUUGGUAUUGCAAUAUAUGAUGACGUCGGGUGCGAUAAUUAAUUAACACACUGUAUAAUUAUAACGUUUAUAUUCAUUUAUUUGUCGUAACUUAUUAUUUAAUUUAAUUAUUUAUAAAGCUUUUGCAUUUGAUCUACAAACUCUCGAGACUUUUGGGACCAUGCUAUAUCGUUUCUUUUUCUUAUUAUUUUCGUCAUUUCUUACUUAUUUAUUCGUUCGUAUUUGUUGUCUUUGUUAAAAAAAUGAAAUGUAAUAAAACAGUUUUUUAUUUGA